ACUUGUAAUAGAAAUAGAUUGUUUUUGGGUGAGAUUUUUUGUUCCUCGUCAAGUCCCGAAUCGACGCAAUCGACCACGACUAGUACUGCUAUUAUAUACCCUCGACGGUCACUAUUACCGACACAGUACACGACCGCAUCGUUUCGCCGCAACAGCAUUAUCAUAUUAAUUACAAAGGUUGGUCACCUAAAAUCCAUAAUACAAUAUAAUAUAUAGUACGUUUACAUAGCGUAUGAUUUAAAAAGUUCGUCGCGAUGAUCACUGCCACCACCAUAGGAUUUAUCGUCGGCUUAUUAUUGAAGACCUCGGUAGCAGUCCAACAGAACGUCUCAUUUCUGAAUGGACUUCCGGAAAACUUCACGUCGGAUGGCGCCAUCGACGUGCAGUACACGUCUUGCAAAGUAAUCACCGACCGUAUCGUUGCCACUGCCGAGGGAAAGUUUUCGCGUUUUUGUCACGGAAUUUGCAACAUAAACGAGACAAACGCAAGACUGCAUCGCAUCGAAACUUUGUUAACAGCAGAUGCGGAAAAUAUAAAACAACGAUUGUUUUAUAUGGAACGUGUCUUGUUGAACGGACAAAUCAUAAGCAAAACCGGUGAGGGUGACGCGGUGGACACAGGGAGACUUCGGGAGAUCGGAACGUACAACGGUACAGUAUCCACCACCGAGGAAGGCCCCACAACUGGCGGUGGUCGGCCACGGGGUCCGACCACAGCGUUCGUCUACUACUGGCGCGUGGACGCGUUCUGGCGCCUGUCGUUCUCAGCGGACGGCCUGGCCCGCAGCCCGCCGUUUUACGUGUCGCCCCGCAGCUACCGGAUCUCGCUGACCGUCCACUCAGACGUGACAGCCCGGACCGUCCGCGUGGCCGCAGUGCCGGCCGCCGGCGAGUACGACGCUCAGCUCAGGUGGCCGUUCGCGCACCGGCUCCGGCUGAGCGUGCUCGACCAGACAGACAUCGGGCCCGAGGACAUCGUGUCCCGCGUCUGGGACGACGUCCGGUGCGCCGCCUCACCACCGUCGCCGCCGACACCGCAGCACUACCGCCAGAACCAGCCCGCCCCGGAAGUCGUCUGCGCGUCCAUGGAGUUCCGGCAUGACGUGCUGACGUACAGGCGUUACGCGGCCGGUAACGCGCUCGUCGUCAAGCUGACGGUGUUUUUGCAGCAGUAGCCGCGCAUGUGGUCAUCUGAUCAUCUGAUAUACCACCACCAUCAUUGUCGUUUUUCCGUUUUAUUUUUUUCGUUCCUCGUGACAGUUCCAUUCGACCGAGACUUUUUUUUUAUAAUUCACAAUGUGUACUCUAUUUACCCCAUCUAUACCCUAUAUUAUAUAACAAUAUUUGCCCGUUUAUACGCGUAUAUCGCAUCGACUUAAUCUGGGUUCAAAGCUACGAAACUGUAUAUCGUGUGUGUGCCUUUUAUCGUAUUCUGAUUAGCUGUUAAAACCGUAAACCAUAAAUGAUCUGUCCGCGGAAAAUUCAAUUGUUGGGCCACACUCGAUGUGGCAUGACUGCAUGUAGACUUUCACUUCAGUUUGUUAAACAAAUUGGUCAUAUCCCAUUACGCGGUCUACCUAUAGUACUUAACUCCGUUUCGUGUAAUAGUGUACUGUAAUACCACCCUAGUAUACCCUACCUACAUUUUAUCUUUAAAUCUCUCAGUGAUACACAUUUAGUUUUACAUUUCCCGUAGUGUUAAUAUUAUGAAAUCAACGAUAUAAUAUUACCUAUAUUUAUACUUACAGAGGCAAAAACAGUCUUGUUGGUCAAGUGUUCUUUGUGGAGUAUUUUUGUGAGUUACUCUCAAUAUACUUUUUGAAAUGAUUGUAAAAAAUAAUGUGUUCCUAAAGUUUAAUAUUUUUUUAAGCUAUGAAUCAAACAUU